UCUCCCCGCCGUCCUGAGGCGGGGCUGGGAGAGAGCGGCACCAGAGGGUGGUUCCCAGCCGAUGGGAAGCCCCUGGACGCGCUGAGGGGCCGGGCUACUAGCGGCUGAGAAAAUGAUGCAUCCUGUUGCCAGCAGUAAUCCAGCUUUCUGUGGGCCUGGCAAGCCUUCCUGCCUCAAUGAAGAUGCCAUGAGAGCUGCUGAUCAGUUUGACAUAUAUUCUUCCCAGCAAAACAAAUACAGCCACACAGUCAGCCACAAACCAAUGGCUUGUCAGAGGCAAGAUCCACUAAAUGAAACACACUUGCAGACUACAAGUGGCAGAAGCCUAGAAAUAAAAGAUGAACUAAAGAAAAAGAAAAAUCUUAACCGAUCUGGUAAGCGUGGUCGGCCUUCAGGAACCACCAAAUCAGCAGGCUACCGGACCAGUACAGGCAGACCUCUGGGAACCACCAAAGCAGCUGGAUUUAAGACAAGUCCAGGCAGACCUUUGGGUACAACUAAAGCUGCAGGAUACAAAGUCAGCCCUGGGAGACCUCCAGGAAAAAAGCAGCAAGCCUUCAGGUGUUCCAGUGAUGCCUGACACA